AUGAGUGUACCAUUACGCUCCCACACUCCUGCUUCAACCUCACCACACCCCGUCGCCUCUCGCCUCACGACACGCAUCCUCUGGAAGCUCUACAUCUCGCACACGCUCUCAACAUGGAACGCCCGCACUUUUGAAUUCGGCGCUGUGAUCUUUCUGUCCACCAUCUUCCCUGGGACGCUCUUCUUCGCCUCGUGCUAUGCGUUGUUUCGCUCUGCAGCAGCCGCUGUCCUCGGACCCUGGAUCGGUAGAAUGGUAGACCGAGGAAACCGACUUCAUGUUGUUAGACAGAGUAUUAUCUGGCAGAGGGUGUCGGUGGCAUGUUCGUGCCUUGCCCUUCUUACCGUGCUAAGUAUUGGUGAGGAGGAGGUGCAUCUGAGAUCUGGCAUGUUUGUUGCCAGUGUGGUAUUGGCAUGUGUUGAGAAAGUGGGAUUUAUUGCGAAUACGGUGGCUGUGGAAAGGGACUGGAUCGUAGUGGUCUCCGACAGCUUGGGUGUGGAGAGACAGAAGUUGAAUAGCGUUAUGAGGAGGAUCGAUCUCGGAUGCAAACUGGUUGCGCCGCUAUGCGUUGGGCUUAUCGAUGGGUAUGCCACGAACGUUGCCAUCUGGGCCGUGUUUGGGAUGAACGCAGCAAGCGUAGUGAUCGAGUACUUCGCCAUUGCACAGAUAUAUGCAGCUGUACCAGAGCUUGGGUUUGGAAAGGAUAUUCAACAACGCCGAGAGCCGGGCACUGACCGACACACUCCAUCGAGGUCUGUGUCGAAUUCCAUACGCGAAGCCGUCCAGCCAUGGAGAGACUACGUUCAAAAUCCAGCUUUCCUUGCGUCGUUUUCGCUCUCCCUCCUCUACCUCACUGUCCUCAGUUUCUCCUCUCAAAUGACGACGUACCUCCUAACCCUGGGCUUCACCAGUACCCACGUCUCUCUCCUCCGCCUUGUUUCCGUCGUUCUCGAGCUGUCCGCGACAUGUGCAGUGCCAAUCCUCAUGAAACGAAUUGGCCCUGUCCGUUCAGGUCUCUGGUUCAUAAACGAACAGCUACUCUCCAUUGGCUUAGCCGUGAGCCUCUUCUCCGUCAUUGGCCCCCAAACCCAACUAGCCGGCGGAGCACUCGUUCUCGGUUUCGCACUUAGUCGUCUUGGACUCUGGGGCUUCGACCUCUGUGUACAAUACCUCGUGCAAGAAGACGCACCCGAAGCAACACGCGGAUCUUUCUCAGCUAUCGAGAUAUCGCUCCAGAAUUCUUUUGAGCUGGUAUCCUUUGCAACAACUAUGGUGUUUUACCGGCCUGAGGACUUUCAGAUUCCGAUCUAUAUCAGCGUGGGUGCGAUUACGGCGAGUGCAGCGUGCUUUGCGUAUUUUGUUAGACAGAAGAGAGGGCAUUUGUUGCACAUGGACAAGUGUUUGAACAGGAUGCGAUAUGAGAGUUUGCCGACUGUUGAGAACGAGUACGACUUGUCACAUGAAGCAAGCUAA